GAUGGUAAGCUUGAAUUUUAAAUCACUGGAAGAACGAACUUCAUUGUUUUCAACGAUCUUCUUUCUGAAUAAGUACAAACACAUAUAUAGAGAUGUAUACAAUAUAUGGAAUUUAGGAAUAUUAUAGCAAGAUCGUGACAUGUGAAUAUUAUAAGAUCAUUUGACGCUCGGAAUAAUGAGUGCGAGUUUAACGAAAAUGACAUUUUGUUCGAUAUUUAAAUCAUUAUUCAGGAAAACAGUACCUAUUAUGUGCUUGAGCUCGUCCUUUGUCAAAUGUUCAUCGCAAAAUGAAUCAAAGGUUACGGAAGAAUAUAAAUUAAAGUUACCGGAUGUAAAUACCUUGACAUAUAAUUAUAUGAUAAAUCAGUCAACUUUAAAUGCAGUAAAUAAUGCUUCUGAACUUUUAACCAUUAUAUAUACAGCCAUAGAAGCUGCAAGUGUAGAGUACAGGACAUUAUUAAUACAAUUAAUAAAUCUUCACAAAGAUAGCAUAGAAAAUGAAUUUGCCGAUUUGCAUGGGGAUGCAAUAGUUCAAAUUAGAGGAGAAACACAGGAUAAAAAAGAAACGCUUAUGCAACUUAUUAGUUUUAUGCAGCUUGUACGUAAAAUGGCUGAUUCAACUACCGAUAUAUGUUACACAUAUGGAAUGAAUAGCUUAUGUUCUACCCUCAGUCAAAGAAUACAUGAUGCAAUUAAAAAUGUAGAAAAAGAGAUAUAUAAUAAUCAAGAAUUAGAAAAAGAAUAUUUUUAUAUACAGCAGGAAUGUAUAAUAAAUACUAAGGAAUCUUGAAAAAUAUAAAUAACUUGUCGGAGGAAUAUUCCUAUGAA